AUGGUCCUCGGAGCCAGGCCCGCACCUCGAGGCUCCGCCCUGGCCCUGAGGAGCGAGAGGCCAGAAGGGUCCGGUCUGCAGUUACGGCACUGGCCCAGGCGCCUCUCUGAGAGCGUCCCAGGCUCGGAGCCCAGGACGCUGGGACAGGCCGCCCGCCGUCCGCUCCCGCCGCGCGCGGGCCCUACCGCGCCCCGCGCCCCGCGCCCGCCGGCCUGGGGCCGCCCGGGGCCCAUGUCUCCCCGGGAGCGGCCCCACAUCCGCAGCCCUCGGGGCCACCCGCACAGCCGCCCGCUUGACCCCGGGCCCCCGCGGACGGAAACCAGCGCCCGCCGCCCGUUGUGCCAGCCUCAACCCACAGCCUGCAAGAUCAGGCCCAAGAAGAUUGUAUUUGAGGAUGAGCUGCCCUCCAGGGUCCCCCGGAACGCCACGAGGCCCCCUGGCCGAGCCCCAGAGAAACCUCUGCUGAAACGCCACCCAGUGCCCGACUAUGAGCUGAAAUAUCCCCCCGUGAGCAAUGCCAGGACGCGGAGCCAAUAUGCUGCCGUCUUCCAGGACCAGUACCCGGAGCUCUUAAAGCUUCAGCAGAACGUGGAUCAAGCCCAGGCAAAGCUGCAGCAGCUGAAGGCCCUGCUGAGCUCACUGCCCCCGCCCCAGAGCCAGAAGGAGGCACAGGUCACUGCUCACCUCUGGAGGGAAUUUGAGAAGAAGCAGAAGGACCCCAGAUUCCUGGACAAGCAGACACGCUGCCACUACCUGAAGGGGAAACUGAGGCAUCUGAAGAUGCAGAUCCGGAAGUUUGACGAGCAAGAAGAUAGUGAGGGCUCCGUGUACUUCUGAGCAUCCAAAGACCAAGUGGGGUCUAGAAAGGGGUGUGGCUGCCCUUGCCUCUCCCAACCCCCAACUCUCCACUUGGGGCAGCUAGUUGCUUACAAAGGCCUUUGAACCCCAGAACCCCUCCUCCAGAAAGUCUUCCAGGAACUCCAGGCCCCUCUUUGCCCGAUACCCUGGCGGACCCAGGUCUCAGCCACCAUCUCUCGGAUCACUGCCACAGUCAGUGGAACUAAUAUGUAUUAAAUGCUGCUGUGUACAGGCACUUCACACUCCUCAAGCUGUCAAUACAAUAAACUGUUCUCCCAUUUCCCA